AUGGUGGCCGAAGAGUCUGGUUGGAAGGAGUUGUCAAAGCAAGCUAUCGAGCUCUACAAGAGGAGGGUGAAGGAGGCGAAAGAGAUGUCAGUGGCAAAAAGCAACGAUGAGGCGAUUCACGGCUUCCGUUUCAUGGUUCGGGUGAUGCACUCUGCGCAGAGCAUGCGCGGAGCAGUGCACAGCCGAAUCGCUGUCAGUGCAAAAAAGCAGGUAGAAGAAAUGAUGGUGAAGGGAAGCGCACUUCAGAUGUUUCGAGCACUUGCAUGGUGUACUGAUGUGGAAGACGUCCACAAAAAGGUCCAGGACCUGUUAACAAAGAUCAUGAAAGAAUGGGAAGAAAAUUCGGAAGCCGCACCACAGGACGUCUCUAAUUUACACGCAUCAGUGGUGGAACUAUCGAAGAUGAGCAAAGACCUGAAGACCUACUCCCAGCAGAUGCAACGCCUGAUGACGGCGGACAAAGACAUGCUGGCAGCCAUCAAAGACUCCGAGGACCACCCCACGGACGUGGCCAAGGCAUUGGAGGCCUUGAAGGUGGUCACGGCGAGAUCGGCAUCCAACCCCUUCCAGAAGAAGGUUGAGAAGAUGCUGAGCCGCACCUUUGAAGAAGCCAAGCAGUCUGGUGACAGGAAGCAGCUUGAACUCCUGCGAGACAAAGCCUCCAAGAAAAUCAGCGAAGCGGCAGCGGAACUCUUGAAAUCCACGGACCGUUUGCCAAAAUGUUUGGCCAGUGGCGACUGGGCAGGUGUGUGCGCUCUCGCAGCUGAAUUCCAGUCCACGGGAUGCCACGCUUUUGCGAAAGAUGCACGGCAACACCUCCGAGAUCGCAUUGAUGAGUUGCAAACUUUGAAAGCUGAAUCUGCAGCGCUCGUGGUCUACGAGCUCUUUACAGCUGCGAAGCAAAAUGGCAUCGAUGAGUUGGCCGAGUUGUUGAUCGAAAAGCUGGGCGCCUCCCUCCCCGCGGGCUGGGCUACUAUGACGGCCGACAGCACUUCAGUGCGGAAGGCACGUGAACAACCAAUGGUUUGCUGA